AGAUUUGUGCAGAAAUUAAUGGAGGAAUUUAUGGUGCUUUGGAAGUUGUGUUGGAUGUAAUCCAAUGGUCAGCAGCGCUAAAGAGCAUCGAUCAUGCAUUCACGCAAAAGAUAUGACGUGAACCUAGCUGGACCUAAUCGGAACCCUCCGUCCUCAAAAAUUUAAACUAAUGCCUUCGGCAGUUCAUGUACCGAUAUCUCUUUGAAUUGGACACAAAGCCAAUUAUUUACAGAUAACCCCUCGUAGAUGAAAGUCUGUGGCUUGGGUGGGCUUGGAGUUGGGGGUUUUCUAGCCGGCUAGGGUUAUUGAUUCUUCCCCGCAUCCGCCCAGCAUCCGCGACGGGGGCGUCCCGUCCUCGCUCCUUUCUCUCUCGCCCCGGUCACUGCCGGAGCACUCGGUGGCCGCCACGUCCGACUCCUAGGUCGAAGAAAUGAGGGCCUUCAGGCGCUCCUCCACCCUCUCUCCACGGCUUCCCCGCUCUAUCCGUCGUAUCCCCAGGGCCUCGUACUGCGCCUCGCCAUCCCUCCUCACGGAGAAACCGAUUGGCGUCCAUGCACAGUCUCGUUCGAUUCGAAGGCAGAGAUCGAUGUCGACGCAGAAGCGAGUCGUCGAGUUCCUCUUGACCAAUCAGCACAGACCCAGAGAAGCACUGAAGUACUUUAAUUGGGUUGAGAACCAGGGGAGUCCCACGGGCAUCGAGCCCCUCUGCAUCUUGUUUCACAUCCUCGUGCGGUCCGGAUUGCUGUUGAGUGCUCGAGAGUUACUAAAAAGAUCGAUCUUGGGUGAUUCCGUGCCCCGCCCCAGUGGCAUCGUCGACUGCCUGAUUGAAACUUCAAAGAGGUGCGAUUUUGAUCCUCUCUCCUACUGUUACCUCUUGUCUUGCUAUGCACAUGUAGAUCGAGUCGAAGAGGCGGUAGAAGCAUUCAGUCGGAUGGUUGAAAACGGCAUCUUUCCUAGUGUGAAAGCCAGAAAUGUUGUGCUGAGUGCUAUGCUGAGGUCAACCUCUUUCUCAGGGGCUCAAGAAUUUUACCGAGAGAUGCGAGCUAAAGGAAUGGACUUCGAUUGCAUCACGUGUGAUAUUAUGAUGCGCGUGUGCAUGAAAGAAGGGAAGCCUGAAGACGCCGAGGUGUACUUUAGGGAAAUGGUUGAUGCGGGCGUGGAACCGGAUAUGAAAGCUUAUGCUACCGUGAUUCGAUCGGUGUGCAAGAAACCCGAUUCCAAGAGAGCUUGUGAAUUGUUCAGUGAGAUGAAAGGCGCUGGCUUGGUCCCUUCCGAGUUUAUAUAUACUUUAUUGAUUGGAGCUUGUGUAAAGCAGAGAAACAUGGGCGAGGCUGUAAGGUUAAAAGAAGAGAUGGUCAGUGGUGGACUGCCGCUGAACUUGGUAGCUGCAACUAGUCUGAUGAAAGGGUACUGUGCCCAAGGAGAUCUUAACACUGCAUUGGAUUUCUUCUCAACUGUUCUCGAGCAAGGAAUAGUUCCAAACAGUGUGACAUACUCGGUUCUGAUUGAAGGUUGCUACAGCUAUGGGAAUGCGGAGAAAGCCUACGAGCUUUACUGUCAAAUGAAACAGCAGGGCAUGUUGCCGAGCGUCUUCAUCAUCAAUUCAGUGAUACGGUGUUUCUUGAAGAAUAAUCAAUGGAAAGAGGCAUUUGAUUUAUUCGAAGAGGCAGUUGGCUCUGGUGUACCAAAUGUUUUCACGUAUAACAUUCUUAUUCAUUGGCUCUGUCGUGUUGGUAGGCUGAAGGAAGCUUGCAAUCUAUAUGCUAGAAUGGAGGAUACAGGAAUGAAGCCUAAUGUUGUGUCAUACAACCACUUGUUAUUUGGCCAUUGUGAACAGGGGGAUAUGGAUUCAGCAGCUAAUCUGUAUAGCCAAAUGACUGAAAGGGGCAUCAAACCUAAUGCCGUAACCUUUGCCACUCUGAUGGAUGGGUAUGUCAAGAAAAAGGACUUUGACCGGGCUUAUGACAUGCUUCAUAUAAUGCAUGGCUUGGGCAUCACUCGUAAUGAAUAUACAUUCAACACUAUUAUAAAUGGCCUCUGCAAAGCUGGUCGUAUGUCUGAAGUGAAUGACAUGCUGCACAAAUUUAUGGAGGAGGGUUUUGUUCCUAACUGUAUGACCUAUAACAGUAUCAUUAGUGGCUUCAUAAGGGAUGGUGCAAUGAGCUCAGCAAUCUCAACUUAUCAGCAAAUGCUUGAAAGGGGCAUCUCUCCGAAUGUUAUUACAUAUACCAAUUUCAUUGAUGGCUAUUGUAAAAGCAGUUGUACUGAUGUUGCUUUGAAGUUGAUGAAUGAGGUGAGAAGGAAGGGUCUCCAAUUAGAUAUUGCUGCAUAUAAUGCUAUUAUUGAUGGUUUUUGCAAGGACAGGAAUAUGGAUGGUGCACUUAAGCUUUUUGAUGAGCUGCUUGAAGGUGGGUUAAAGCCAAAUGCAGCUGUAUUUAACAGUCUUAUCUCUGGCUAUAUAGACUUGAAUGAUAUGAAAGCUGCUUUUGAGCUGCACAAGAAAAUGCUAGAAGAAGGAAUACCUUGUGAUACUGCCAUUUACACAACCUUAAUUGACGGAUCACUAAAAGCUGGUAAUGUAACGAUUGCUUCAGAACUCUACUCUGAGAUGCUAGCAAAGGGUCAUGUUCCGGAUGAUAUUACCUUCACUGCACUGAUACAUGGUCUUUGCAACAAUGGACAUCUGGAAAAUGCUUAUGAGAUGUUGCAUGAAAUGGAUAGGAUGGAUAUACGUCCUAAUGUUCUUAUAUACAACACACUGAUCAACAGAUACUUCAGGGAAGGCAAUUUGCAAGAGGCCUUUCGAUUGCAUGAUGAAAUGCUUGACAGAGGCCUCAUGCCUGAUGAUAAGACAUAUGAUAUUCUCGUGAGUCAAAAGUUUGAAGGAGAUGAUGCUGUAGCUGGAACUUAGAUGUCCCUCUGGCAUGGCGAGUUGUUUGCAUAAAUUGGCCCAUUGAGACAGAAGAUCAAAUGGAGGAAGCUCGUAGUAUUACUGGUGCCAAUCAUGCUGUGCCUGCAAAGAUGCUUGGCUUUGCUACUAAUCCCUUGAGGAACUUCUUUCAACCCCACUUGAAUUGCAUAGGAGAGCACUCGAAAAGCUAUUGCUGAAGAGGUGGCACGCAUGGUGGAAUUCUUGGAUCGUACAUACAUUUCAACAUGGCCCCAAUGAAUAUGCAUGGAAUGCACCAAGCCCAUUCUCAGCUGAAAAAUGUGCAGGUAAGCCUUUAAAUGGAGUGGAAAAGAGUAAGAGGCUUGUGCGGUUGGUGAACCCAACAGCAUGGUGCAGAGAUAUUGGUCGAACAAUGGUGCUUGCAUUUGGGUCUAAAUUCUUCUCAUAAAUAUAGAAUCUCACUGGAUCGGCAUCUGAAAUUGUGUAAUCUUUUUGGUUAGCCUUUGGAUUGGUGGAACAUUUUUGCUGGAAGCUGGGACUCGAUGUCUUCUAUCGUGCCUGUAUGCCGAUUGUUUACAUAUUAAUUUUGUGCAAGAUUAUUCAUCCAUUAUUGUUUGUGAUCUUACAUCUUUACCUGGAUCUGAGAUCAUGUGCUUCUUAUAAAUGCAUCUCUGUUCUUGUGCUA